AUGGGGCGAUCAACCUACUUCUUAGGAUUGCAGAUUUCUUACCAUGAUAAUGGAGAUAUCUUUGUCUGUCAAACAAAAUAUGCUAGAGAUUUACUUGCAAAUGCUGGUAUGGAUACAUGUCGAUCUUGUACUACUCCAUGUAAGCCACAUUGUCAGCUUUUGGCUUCGGAGGGUGACUCCUUAUCUGAUCCAACCAUCUAUAGGAGUAUUGUUGGGGCACUGCAAUAUUUGACAUUCACUCGACCUGAUCUUUGUUAUGCUGUUAAUACUGUCUGUCAAUAUAUGACUCAACCUUCCGAUUUACAUUUUCAGUUGGUUAAGCGCAUCUUAAGGUAUAUUCAUGGUACUUUGGAUCAUGGUCUGAAUUUUACAAGUGGAUCUUGGGAUCUUCAUGCUUAUAGUGAUGCAGAUUGGGCCUCAGAUGUGAAAACUCGCAGAUCAACCACUGGUUUUGUGGUUUAUCUUGGCAACAAUCCAGUUUCCUGGCGAUCUAAGAAGCAAACUUCUAUUUCUAGAAGUUCAACUGAGUCUGAGUACAGGGCAUUAGCCAAUACAGCAGCUGAUCUAGCAUGGGUUCGACAAGUUUUACUUGAUUUAAAGUUAUUCUUACCACAGCCUCCUACAAUACAUUGUGACAAUCUUUCAGCCCUUGCUUUAAGGUCAAAUCCUGUGUAUCAUUCUCGGAUCAAACAUUUAGAUAUUGACUUUCAUUUUGUAAGAGAAAAAGUCCAAAAGAAAGACUUGUUUGUGCAGUAUAUUCCCGCUGAAGAACAGUGGAGUUAUCAACUGGAGUCGGUACUCCAGGGCUACGAUUUGUUCGGCCACUUCGAUGGUUCAUCUGCUUCUCCUCCCAAAUUUGCCAUUGUCGAUGAAGAAGGCGCUACUUCUGAGCUCACUGCUGCCUAUAAAGACUGA